AUUCUUUGUCUAAGUCGCUUGUCCAGUGGCUACCUUAAAGUACCAUCGUUUUAUCCAAGUUCGAGGAACAGCCCUCAUUCACACCAAUGUUUACGCAGCACUGUCAUGGAAGCUAUCUAAUAACCAUUUUUGGUCAAUCUCCUACCCCUUGAUUCUAGCACCACCCAUGAGCGCACCCAUAUUUCCGGAAAGAAGACAUUAUUUAAUGCCCUUGAGCCAUCCAUCUAGAUCAUAUCUGUCAAGAGUUGUGCGGCGUUUCAAAAUCCAUCCUUCAAGUAUUCGUGCAAGGUCCAUAAGAGUCUGUUACCUCUAUCUACUAAGUCAUCCCUCAUCUCUGUCGAUGGACAACCGACUGGUUAGCGACAACGCCACUAGUGCAUAUGUGCCAAUUGUACCGUCUACCGCUCCAGCUGCAACUCAGGUUCGAUAUGUAUCUGGGGUAGCAGAAUCCACUGUAGUGGACAUAUCUCCAGUUCAUUCUGUAUCAUUCUCACCAGCACCGCAUCCCGCUGAGCCAUUUCCAGACCGACAAUUACAGACUUCAUGUGAUGAAGGUCCAGCAUUAGCCCUUCUGCGACGAGCCUGCACCCGUCAACAUAUGAGAUGUGGAGAACUUCUUCAGACAUCGUUGUCCGAGAGCGAUCCUUCCAUCUACGACAUUAUACCCCAAAAAAACGGCUUUGUCCAUACAGUGAUGGAGGCAUACAACAGGCACCGAGCACUAAUCAUUCGGCCGGAUGACGUUUGGCUCGCCAUUCUUAUACAAUUCAGCCUUUAUGUGAACGGAAACGCUGAGCUUUUGGGAAAAAAAAUUCGUGAGCCACGAAGGAAAGAAAGAUUUAACUAUCGUUACCGUUGGCGAUCGGUACUCUAUUGAUUUCGGUCAUUUGUCACGUGAAAUGAUGAGACUUAUGGAUGAAAACAUUGUCGAUCCUAGCCUUCGCGAUUGGAUCAUGCCACAAUUUUCGACGACGACGCUCACUGACACGACAACCUUCGCUAUGGCCAUGAUGGCGACGAUGAAAAAGUACUUCUCAUAUGGAUUCACUACCGCGUGUGGGAUUCCUAGAGUCACAAUCGAAGGAGAGAAACAGGACUGGGAGAGUAUCCUCAUACGACUAGAGAAGUUAAAGGAGUAUGGAGUCAAGGCUAUUGCGUGGUAUCAUCUUUUGCGCCCUAUCAUCACAAGGUUCAUAGCCGCGUAUGAUAAUCCAAAUAGCAACGAAAAUUUCGAGUUCUGGAGCAAGGUUGCACACUAUGAGGAAUUCGGUAGUGGCUCGCCCCGGCUCUCUGGCUGGAUCACUGCAUUUUGUGCUUUCAGUGCUCAUGGCCAGUGGCAGGCCGGUCCGAUUAACGAAAACAUCGAACAGAAUGACGAAUUUCUCCGAAGUGCCCAUGAUGAUCCUCAAAUGCUAAGUCCAGCACAGUUUGCCGCUGUCUACUGC